UCCGGAAUUUCCCGUUGCGUCGCAGCCGGAUCAGCCCUGGGGUUUCGCUUCAGAAAUUCCUCCCCCCGUUAGUAAGCGUAAGUGCAGAUGCAGACAGCUGACCGACUGCCUGUCUUCACGAUGAAGGCAGUUAGUUAAAGGCGCUUUUGCUGACAUGUGCAGCUUCACGCUGCGCGAACAUCGUCCCUAAAUAGCCGGAAUCGCCUGGUCAGGGGAGAAACCUGUAAGUCCAGAAAAAGUGCGUGGAGAUCGUUCGGGGAAAAGCCACCCCAGUGGCCUUGCACACUCCUUAACCCAGCGGUCAUGUUUACCACACGAAGAAGCUGGAACCCUGGUCAGUCUCCUUGCUUGCCAGAGCUGUGGAAGAAAGAAAUCUCAUUGGAUGCAAGCUCAGUAAAUUUACUGAUGAGCAGCAGUAAGGAUAGACCCUUCCAGUCUUCCACCUUCCCAUCAUGCCAUCCUGUGACCUCUGACCUCUCAAGCUCUAGUGAGACAGGUGAUCAGCAGCUGCUCAUACAAGCCCUGCAAGAUAAGGUGUGCCGGUUCCAGGCGCGCCUGCACAGUGAGGACGCCAGCAGGACGCUGCAGCUGCAGCACACGUGCCAGAGUCAAGAGCAGCAUCUGACCGGCAUCCACCACCAGCAGGCCACGGCACAAGAGCAGGAGAACCCGUGUGAGGCAGAGCCUUCUGAUUUCAGGCACCCCUGUUUGGGAAGCUGCUCAACCCAGGUACCCCAGAGCCCAGAGAGGGAGACAGCACCGCUGCCUGUGGAGGGGCACAGCACACCGGGCCGACUGCGCAGUCAAGAUAAGGACCAGGAGACUCUUAUAAACAGCCUCUGCAAACAGGUGGAGGACCUGAAGGUGAAGUUGCUGGAUCAGUCCCGGGAAGUGGUCAGACUGCGCUCUGAGCUGGGAGCAACAGACCUGGAGAAACACCUUGAGAUCUUGGUGUCUGAGAACGAGAGGCUCAAACAAGAGCUGAGCACCUGUGGGGUGUCACUGCCUGAUGCUCUAGUGCAUCUGCCUGCCUGCAUCAACUGCCCGCACAGCCAGGAUGCGGAGUCUCUGCGUGCUGAGGUGGCACGGAGAGACCAGGAGGCCCAGCAAAGGGACGGCUGGCUGGCAGAGCUGGAGAGGAGGCUGCAGGAGAGGGAGACCCAGGUGGCGGAGCAGCAGCACCAGCUAGAGGAGGCACUGAGGGCUCGCAAGGAGGUGGAGUGGACUCUGGGCGUCCAGCUGAAGGAAUGCCAGCAAGCCCUGUCCAAACAGGCAGCUCAGCCCCCUCAGAUAAGGUACAUCACUAAGAGCGUAGAGGUAGAGUCAGCCCAGGCUAAGGCGGCGCUGUCGGAGGCACAGGGUCGGAACGAGGCUCUGCAGGAGCAGCUGUCGGCACAGAGGCGCCUCCUCUACGAGCUCCAGCAGCAGCUGCAGGAAUCGCAGCGGACAGGCAGCCAGCUGCGCGUGCAGAUCCUGGCAUAUGAGGGCGAGAUGGAGCGAGCCCAGAGCCAGCUGGAGGCGGAGUUGCAGACACUGGAGGAGGAGAAGAACCGCAUAAUCGAGGAGGCCUUCAUCAGAGCUGAAAAUGAGAUGAAGGCUGUGCACGAGAACCUGGCGGGUGUACGGAUGAAGCUGCUAACCCUACAGCCUGCCCUUCGCACACUCACCUGUGACUACAACAGUCUCAAGAGGCAGGUGCUGGACUUCCCCUUAAUGCUGAAGAAAGCCAUCGCAGAAGCCAAACAGGAGAUCAGCCAGGUGAUUGAGGAGGUCAACGCUGCGAACCAGGAGCUACUGCGAAAGUAUAAGAGGGAAAUGAACCUACGUAAGAAGUAUCACAACGAGCUUGUCCGACUCAAAGGAAACAUCCGUGUAUUCUGCCGAGUUCGGCCGGUCAGCCAAGGGGAGCUAAAUGAAGACAAGAACGUAGUAACCUUUGACCCCAAUGAUGAUGCUGUCCUGCAGUUGUCCAAUAAGGGAAAACCACUAAUGUUUGAGCUAGACAAAGUGUUCCCGCCUGAAGCCACUCAGGAGGAGGUUUUCCAGGAAGUUCAGUCUCUGAUAACCUCCUGUAUCGAUGGCUACAACGUGUGCAUUUUUGCCUAUGGACAGACAGGCUCAGGGAAGACAUACACCAUGGAGGGAGUGGAGAACAACCCAGGCAUUAACCAACGCGCGCUACGGUUGCUCUUCUCGGAAAUAUCAGAGAAGGCUCCAGAUUGGCGCUUUAACAUCACUGUCAGCAUGGCAGAGAUCUACAACGAGAUACUUCGGAACCUACUGGGAGACAAUCCCAGUGAAAAGCUGGACAUUAGGAUGUGCCCAGAUGGCAGUGGUCAGCUAUAUGUGCCUGGACUGACGGAAAUUACCGUGCAGAGUGUAGAGGAUAUUAACAAGAUUUUUGAACUGGGCCAUGUGAACCGGGCGACAGCCUGCACCAACCUGAAUGAACACAGCUCCCGUUCUCACGCUCUGCUCGUCGUCACCGUCACCGGCUUCAAUACCACCACUGGUCAUCGCACAGCAGGAAAACUGAACCUUGUGGAUCUCGCCGGGUCGGAGCGCAUCGCCAAGUCGGGCGCUGAGGGCGGCCGUUUGCGGGAGGCGCAGUGCAUCAACAAAUCCCUGUCUGCCCUGGGAGACGUCAUCCACGCCCUGCGCUCCAAACAGCCACACAUCCCCUUCCGCAACUCCCGCCUCACCUACCUGCUGCAGGACUCGCUGAGCGGGGACAGCAAGAGCCUCAUGAUGGUGCAGAUAUCCCCAUUGGACAGCAACACGUGUGAGUCCGUUUGCUCCCUGAAGUUUGCCCAGCGAGUGCGGACUGUGGAGCUGGGUGCCUCGGCUGGCCGAAAGCACGCCGAGAACUCCUCCACAUCUUCCUCUCCCACCAAUGACAGCCUGGAGCUGGACUCCCCACCCAUGACCCCCGUGUCCCUGCCCCUGUCCCGUGCCAGCAGCGUCAGCUCCCUAAUCAGCACGACGGCCAGGAAACCGGGCAGCACGCGCAGGAGGUCACCAUCUCAGCAGGCCUCAGGAAAAACAAAACUCUUGCAAUGAGACGACAGAGUGCUAGAUGCAUAAGUUUAAGGUCACUGAAGCUCUGAAGAAAAAUAUUGUUCUACGACGUAUGGAUAUUUAUUUGUUGCUUUUAUGAGGGUGGAGGGGGGGGCAAGUGUAAGUGUUGGAGUCCAGUUGUUCAGACUUAUCUGAAGCUUUUGGUUGCAAUCCUCGGCGUCCUAUUUGGGCUGUCCGCACUAAAGGGGCCGGGAGAUCUUCAUUACUGUACAUGAAAUACGAAGACCCCGAUCCAGUCUUCCAAGCAUCUAUCACAGUUGGGGGGGGGGGGGGGAGUCUUCCAGACACAGUAUUUCCACAUAAUUUGCACUUUAGAUUAAGACGUUGUUUUUUUGCAUUUAAUAACAUUUGUAUUUUGUAAAACAAAAAAAAUUGUCUUGAAAGCAGAGAUGAUGCAGCAUUAGAAAAGGUUCCUCUUUGCACCAAAUAAACUAUAUUUAAAUAAAUGCUAGAGGACCCCAUAAACUUUUGUACACCUUGUGGCAAUAAGCAAUAUUUUAAUAAUGUACAGAUUAUUGGUUAUCUGAGAAAUUCCAAUUCAUGUUUCAAUGCAUGCAUUUUUGUGAAUGAAAGGACCUGUGAAUCAAAGAUUGGCAGGAGCAGAAAUGCCAUUUCGCCUCCACAGGAAACAUACAGGGUACUGAAUUAGUAAAGAUGUCAGAAAUGUAAUUGGUUCAGAUUGGUAAAUGACUGUUUAAAUACAGCAGUGUAGAAAUGAAGAGGCCUGGAUGCUUGAGGCUUUGCUUGAUAUCCGAACAAAGAAAUUUGUGAAAAUGAAAUGCUGUUUGUAUCUACUUACAUCUGCCUGUUUGUACGAAACUGCUGCAGAUUUAUAUAGGGUUUUGUACUUUUAAUAAACACAUACAGUCUUAA